AUGUGUCUGGAUCUUAUCAGGAUAGCUGACAGACGAUUCCCUGAAAUUGUAACAACCUCCCAUACAGGCACUGCGCAGCGGUGCCGCACCGCCACUGUGGCGCUGACGCCACAGCUGGAUAUAGACCACAAUGAGGAGUGCAUCUUUCCAGAGAAACGUUCACGAACAAGGAAGCGAAAGGAACGGGAGCAAGAGAUGGAAAGUCGCCUAUUGCAGAUGGAGAGACUCCUGCAUGCGGCCACUCAAGGGACUCUCACUAAUUUGUCAUUCAUGGGCGCUCCGAGCGCCAAUUCACCAGCAACAGCAUUUUCAUCGUCUUCCAGGAAUCAAUGGCCACAAAAUGAUGACAGGAGGACGAGCUGUGAUGUUGUCGCAGACCUGGCCGACUAUGUUGCUAGGAAUGCAUCACCAAUGGAGCAGGACCCUCUGGAAUCUCUCUUGACUUCUUCACCCACCGACAUACCCGUCAUUUUCUCCGAUCCGACUCCGAUAGAUCCAACACUAGAGCAUCAAAACAAUGCAUCUAGGCCAACGACGGUAGGAGCAAGUGACCCUCAUACAUUGAGUUGUCCCAACGCGCUGCAGCUGCCUGCUUCGCCGCCCAUUUCAGCCACAACCAACGACAACAGCUUCCCUAGCGCUGUGACAGACGCUUAUCCAUCAUGUCUUCAAUGGGAAGACACGCGGCCAGCCGAGAGUGACAUGCAGUUGAAUCCAAAUGCCGAUUCAAGUCACCAAAGCAAACGACGAGCAACUCAAAAGAGCCCGCAAACAACAGAUAACGAUGAAACCACAUGCCCUUCGUAUUUGUCAAUAUGUACAUUUCCUGCUGUUGAAUGGGUCUCGCAACAAUCAGGUAUGUCGGACUUUCUGGUCAGUGUAAGACAGCUGUCGACAGCUAUCAAUCGUGAGAAACGACUCGACAAGCUCAUCGACCCCGUGAGAGCCCCGGAUCCAGAUCUGGACACAGCGCUACGCUGGACCAAUGCUUAUUUCGAUCAUUGUCUGGACCCAAUUUUCGAAUAUGUGAAUCGAUCCGACUUCGAGGCUCGUUUACGAAAUCAUUUCACGCAUGGUGAAGGCCCGAGUAGAAACAAUGGAUGGUAUGCGAUGAGAAAUACUAUCUAUGCAUCUGGUUGUCGUUAUGUGAUAUGCGAGGCCAGAAGUCCUGAAGCCUUUUCAGAGUCACGGACGCAGUCAUGGAAAUAUCUCGAAAAUGCCCUGUCAGUGCACACUGAGCUCCUGUACGGGCCAACUAGCCUCGAUUCUAUCCAAGCACUGCUUUUAAUGGCAUUUCAUGCUGAAGCGCUAGGCACUCCUGCCCUUGAGUUUACUCUACUUUCGAAUGCUACGCGGCUAGCACAGUCAAGAGGAUUACAUUUGCGAACACCCUCAGGCACCUGCGUUCCCUCAGAGGAUGAUUCAACAAGACAAGCACUCUGGUGGAGUCUGUACUCUUACGAAAAGCACCUUGCUUAUCGCUCAGGUAUUCCGUCCUCUAUUGACGACGACUAUGUCAAUUGUCCACUGCCGUCUUCAGCAGGGUCUUCCUCGCCCAUAUUUGCGGAAUUUCUUGCCAAGACAGUGGCUCAAGCACAGAUUUCAUCCACGGUGUCGAAAACACUAAACAGUGCAAAGGCCCAGACCGAACCUGCCGAGAAGACCCUUUUCAAUGUUGAAGAAUUGAGCAAGCGACUUGGGCUAUGGAAAGAGUCUCUUAGCCCUGUAUAUCAGACUCAAGCUCCUUUCAAAUUUUCGAACUUGGCCCCGGGCAUGCAGAUAUACCACGUCCUCUUCCUACACUUUUGCUACCAUGUCUUGGUGAUCGCAAUCAACGGGACCUUUUGCUAUCCCUGGGUCAGACCGGAUCUCCAUACUAACCACAGUCCUGCAAUCCGUGAACAAAUACAAAAAAGCACAACAGCUGUUGCAGAAUCAUCCAGACAGAUCAUAUUAGCAGUUCAGAGGCUUGAAAUCACGUCAACCCUGCCAGUCUGGCUCACAUUUUAUUUUCCUUUGGUUGGCCUGAUCAACCUCUUUGUUUGUAUCAUAAAAGACCCACUUGCCCCAACAGCCGCCUCUGACCUGCUCUUGCUGGAUCUCGUAGUUGGCCAUUUUGGAUAUCUUGAGUGGAUGUCAUCUUCAGAGCUCAAUCUUGCUUUCCCAAGAGAGGUUGCCUCUUACGCUCGCGACCUCGUGAACAAGGCAAAACACAAGACACCAAGCAGUCAACAGGCAAGCUGUACUAAGCCGAAUGGGCAAAGUCAAGAAGAGCAAAACUUAGAUAUGGUUUCAAUUGAUGCGCUCAUUGGCUUGGAAGACUGGUGCACAUUCUUGCCGCCAAUGCAGCAGACUUCCUCUACAUUGGACGAUGGGUUCAAGGCGACUGAAGCGGAUAAGGUGGUGUGA